GAGGGAGGAGGCGGGAGCAGGGAGCGUCGCUAAGGCGAAGUCGGCGUGCGUUGAGCGGCUCCAUCCCCGGAUCUGAGAGCGAUAAUGCACCAGCAGCAGCAGCCGGAGGAAGAACGCACGGAAGAGGCGAACUAUGCAAGUAGCACCAGAAUCCCUCUCCCUGGUGACGGACCAACUCUCCAGUCCAACAGUUCAGCACCCUCCAAGCAAACUGUCCUCUCUUGGCAAGCUGCAAUUGAUGCUGCUAGGCAAGCCAAGGCUGCCCAAACUAUGAGCACCACUGCACCCCAACCUGUAGGAUCCUUGUCCCAAAGAAAACGCCAGCAAUACGCUAAGAGCAAAAAACAGGGUAACUCGUCUAACAGCAGACCGGCACGGGCCCUUUUCUGUUUAUCCCUCAAUAACCCUAUCCGGAGAGCCUGCAUUAGUAUAGUAGAAUGGAAACCAUUUGACAUAUUUAUAUUAUUGGCUAUUUUUGCCAAUUGUGUGGCCUUAGCUGUUUACAUCCCAUUCCCUGAAGAUGAUUCUAAUUCAACUAAUCAUAACUUGGAAAAAGUAGAAUAUGCCUUCCUGAUCAUUUUUACAGUUGAGACAUUUUUGAAGAUUAUAGCAUAUGGAUUAUUAUUACACCCUAAUGCGUAUGUUAGGAAUGGAUGGAAUUUACUGGAUUUUGUAAUAGUAAUAGUAGGAUUGUUUAGUGUAAUUUUGGAACAAUUAACCAAAGAAACAGAAGGAGGUAACCACUCCAGUGGCAAAUCAGGUGGUUUUGAUGUUAAAGCCCUUCGCGCCUUUCGUGUGCUACGACCACUACGACUAGUAUCCGGAGUGCCCAGUUUACAAGUAGUCCUGAACUCCAUUAUAAAAGCCAUGGUUCCCCUGCUCCAUAUUGCCCUUUUGGUAUUGUUUGUAAUCAUAAUCUAUGCUAUUAUAGGAUUGGAACUUUUUAUCGGAAAAAUGCACAAAUCCUGUUUUUUUGCUGAUUCAGAUAUCUUAGCUGAAGACGAUCCAGCACCUUGUGCAUUCUCAGGGAAUGGACGCCUGUGUGACACAAAUGGCACAGAAUGUAAAAGUGGCUGGGUUGGACCAAAUGGAGGAAUCACCAAUUUUGAUAAUUUUGCCUUUGCAAUGUUAACUGUGUUCCAGUGUAUCACCAUGGAGGGAUGGACUGAUGUUCUGUACUGGGUAAAUGAUGCAAUAGGAUGGGAAUGGCCAUGGGUAUAUUUUGUUAGUCUUAUCAUCCUGGGCUCAUUUUUCGUACUUAACCUGGUUCUUGGUGUGCUUAGUGGAGAAUUUUCCAAGGAAAGAGAGAAAGCAAAAGCUCGAGGAGAUUUCCAAAAGCUGCGGGAGAAGCAGCAGCUUGAGGAGGAUCUGAAAGGCUACUUGGAUUGGAUUACCCAAGCCGAAGACAUAGACCCCGAGAACGAGGAAGAAGGGGGUGAAGAAGGCAAAAGAAAUACAAGUAUACCCACCAGUGAGACUGAAUCCGUGAACACUGAAAAUGUCAAUGGAGAAGGAGAAAACCAAGGCUGCUGUGGAAGUCUCUGUCAAACCAUCUCAAAAUCCAAGCUCAGUCGUCGCUGGCGUCGUUGGAACCGAUUUAAUCGAAGAAGAUGUAGAGCUGCAGUAAAAUCUGUCUCUUUUUACUGGCUGGUGAUUGUCUUAGUGUUUCUCAACACAUUAACUAUAUCCUCUGAGCAUUACAAUCAGCCUGAUUGGCUGACACAGAUCCAAGAUAUAGCAAACAAAGUUCUGCUGGCCAUGUUCACCUGUGAAAUGUUGGUAAAGAUGUACAGCUUGGGACUCCAGGCAUAUUUUGUCUCACUUUUUAAUCGCUUUGAUUGCUUCGUGGUAUGUGGCGGCAUAACAGAAACAAUAUUGGUGGAAUUGGAAAUUAUGUCGCCCCUGGGCAUCUCUGUAUUUCGGUGUGUGCGACUGCUGAGGAUUUUUAAAGUUACCAGGCACUGGACAUCCCUGAGCAACUUGGUAGCAUCCUUGUUAAACUCAAUGAAGUCCAUUGCUUCACUGUUGCUUCUGCUUUUCCUCUUCAUCAUAAUCUUCUCAUUGCUUGGAAUGCAACUGUUUGGCGGCAAAUUUAAUUUUGAUGAAACUCAAACAAAGCGGAGCACCUUCGAUAAUUUUCCUCAAGCUCUUUUAACUGUAUUUCAGAUUCUAACAGGAGAAGACUGGAAUGCUGUUAUGUAUGAUGGGAUUAUGGCCUAUGGGGGCCCAUCCUCUUCAGGAAUGAUAGUCUGCAUAUACUUCAUUAUCCUCUUCAUCUGUGGUAACUACAUUCUGCUAAAUGUCUUCUUGGCUAUUGCUGUGGACAAUCUGGCUGAUGCUGAAAGUUUGAAUACUGCUCAGAAAGAAGAAGCAGAAGAAAGGGAGAGGAAGAAGAUUGCCAGGAAAGAGAGUUUGGAAAACAAAAAAAGUGAUAAAUCAGAAGUCAACCAGUUGGCCAAUAAUGACAAUAAGGUAACAAUUGAUGACUAUCGAGGAGAGGAUGAAGACAAGGACCCCUACCCACCUUGUGAUGUGCCAGUAGGUGAAGAGGAGGAGGAAGAGGAAGAUGAACCAGAGGUUCCAGCUGGCCCCCGUCCUCGAAGAAUCUCUGAGUUGAAUAUGAAAGAGAAGAUUGUCCCUAUACCUGAAGGGAGUGCUUUCUUCAUUUUAAGCAAAACCAAUCCAAUUCGAGUGGGAUGUCACAAGCUUAUCAACCACCACAUCUUUACCAACCUCAUCCUUGUCUUCAUCAUGCUCAGCAGUGCCUCUCUUGCAGCUGAAGACCCAAUUCGCAGUCAUUCCUUCCGAAAUACUAUUCUUGGUUACUUUGACUAUGCUUUCACAGCCAUCUUUACUGUUGAAAUCCUGUUAAAGAUGACAACUUUUGGCGCUUUCCUCCACAAAGGAGCAUUCUGUAGAAAUUACUUCAACUUGCUGGACAUGCUAGUUGUGGGUGUUUCUCUGGUGUCAUUUGGGAUUCAAUCAAGUGCUAUCUCAGUUGUGAAGAUUCUGAGGGUCUUAAGGGUACUGAGACCCCUAAGGGCAAUAAACAGAGCAAAAGGACUAAAGCAUGUUGUUCAAUGUGUUUUUGUCGCUAUUCGAACUAUUGGCAACAUCAUGAUAGUCACCACUCUGCUCCAGUUCAUGUUUGCCUGCAUUGGAGUACAGCUCUUUAAGGGCAAGUUCUAUCGGUGUACAGAUGAAGCCAAAAAUAAUCCUGAGGAAUGCAGGGGACUGUUUAUCCUUUACAAGGAUGGAGAUGUUAACAGCCCUAUGAUUCGAGAGAGAGUUUGGCAAAAUAGUGAUUUCAACUUUGACAACGUUCUGUCAGCUAUGAUGGCGCUUUUCACAGUCUCUACUUUUGAAGGUUGGCCCGCGUUGCUCUAUAAGGCUAUAGAUUCCAAUGGGGAGAAUGUUGGCCCCAUCUACAAUUACCGAGUGGAGAUCUCUGUUUUCUUCAUUAUCUACAUCAUCAUUGUAGCUUUUUUUAUGAUGAACAUCUUCGUCGGUUUUGUGAUCGUUACAUUUCAGGAGCAGGGUGAAAAAGAGUAUAAGAACUGUGAGCUGGACAAAAAUCAGCGCCAGUGUGUUGAAUAUGCCUUGAAGGCCCGGCCUCUGCGGAGAUAUAUUCCCAAAAACCCUUACCAAUAUAAGUUCUGGUAUGUGGUGAACUCGUCUCCAUUUGAAUACAUGAUGUUUGUCCUCAUCAUGCUCAACACCCUUUGCUUGGCCAUGCAGCACUAUGAACAAUCAAAGAUUUUUAACGACGCAAUGGACAUUCUGAAUAUGGUCUUUACUGGAGUGUUUACUGUUGAGAUGGUUUUAAAAGUUAUUGCAUUCAAACCUAAGGGAUAUUUUAGUGAUGCCUGGAAUACGUUUGACUCCCUCAUCGUUAUUGGCAGCAUUGUAGACGUCGCUCUCAGUGAAGCUGAUCACUAUUUCACUGAUGCAUGGAACACUUUUGAUGCCUUAAUUGUUGUUGGUAGCGUCGUUGAUAUUGCUAUAACAGAAGUUAAUAACUCCGAAGAGAGCAAUAGAAUCUCCAUCACAUUUUUCCGUCUUUUCCGAGUGAUGCGAUUGGUGAAGCUUCUCAGCAGGGGUGAAGGAAUAAGGACAUUGUUAUGGACAUUUAUCAAAUCCUUUCAGGCUCUACCCUACGUUGCCCUUCUCAUAGCUAUGUUGUUUUUCAUCUAUGCUGUUAUUGGGAUGCAGAUGUUUGGAAAAGUUGCCAUGAAAGAUAACAAUCAAAUCAACAGAAACAACAAUUUUCAGACUUUUCCUCAAGCUGUGCUCCUCCUGUUCAGGUGUGCAACUGGGGAAGCUUGGCAAGAAAUCAUGCUGGCUUGUCUUCCUGGGAAGCUCUGUGACCCUGAUUCCGAUUUAAAUGCUGGGGAAUACGCAUGUGGAAGCAAUUUUGCCAUUGUUUAUUUCAUCAGUUUUUACAUGCUCUGUGCAUUUCUGAUCAUCAAUCUGUUCGUGGCUGUCAUCAUGGACAACUUUGAUUACUUAACCCGAGACUGGUCUAUUUUGGGUCCUCAUCAUUUAGAUGAAUUCAAAAGGAUAUGGUCAGAAUAUGACCCUGAAGCAAAGGGAAGAAUUAAACAUCUUGAUGUAGUCACUUUGCUUCGACGUAUUCAGCCACCUUUGGGAUUUGGCAAAUUAUGUCCACACAGAGUAGCGUGCAAGAGAUUGGUUGCCAUGAACAUGCCUCUCAACAGUGAUGGAACGGUCAUGUUUAAUGCCACAUUAUUUGCUUUGGUCCGGACAGCUCUUAAAAUCAAGACAGAAGGUAAUCUAGAACAAGCAAAUGAGGAACUCCGAGCUGUGAUAAAGAAAAUCUGGAAGAAAACCAGCAUGAAGUUACUUGAUCAAGUCGUCCCUCCAGCCGGUGAUGAUGAGGUAACCGUGGGGAAGUUCUAUGCCACUUUCCUGAUACAGGACUACUUUAGGAAAUUCAAGAAACGCAAAGAACAAGGACUGGUGGGAAAAUACCCUGCGAAGAACACCACAAUUGCUCUACAGGCGGGAUUAAGGACACUUCAUGAUAUUGGGCCAGAAAUUCGUCGAGCUAUAUCAUGUGAUUUGCAAGAUGAUGAACCUGAGGAAAAAAAUCCAGAGGAAGAGGAAGAUGUAUUCAAAAGAAAUGGUGCUCUAUUUGGAAACCAUGUCAAUCAUGUUAAUAGUGAUAGGAGAGAUUCCCUUCAGCAGACCAAUACCACCCACCGUCCCCUGCAUGUCCAAAGGCCUUCAAUUCCAUCUGCAAGUGAUACUGAGAAACCAAUGUUUCCUUCAGCAGGAAAUUCGGUGUAUCAUUACCAUCAUAACCAUAAUUCCAUAGGAAAACAAGUUCCCAACUCAACAAAUGCCAAUCUCAAUAAUGCCAAUAUAUCCAAAGUUGCUAAUGGAAAGCACCCCAGCAUUGGAAAUCUUGAGCAUGUGUCUGAAAAUGGGUAUCAUUCACACUACAACCAUGACCAUGAGACUCAAAGAAGGUCAAGUCUUAAAAGAACACGCUAUUAUGAAACUUACAUUAGGUCGGAUUCUGGUGAUGGACAGCUCCCUACCAUUUGCUGUGAGGACCCCGAGGUACAUGACUACUAUAGGGAUGAAUGUUGUCUGGAAGAACAGGAAUAUUUCAGUGGAGAUGAAUACUAUGAGGAAGACUGCAUGCUGUCAGAAAACAGGCAAGCGUAUAACUACUGUGACAGAUAUCCAGGCAGUGACUCUGACUUUGAGAGACCAAGAGGCUAUCAUCACCCACAUGGUUUCUCUGAAGAAGAUGACUCACUGAUCUGUUAUGACUCAAAGAGAUCACCAAGGAGACGCCUGCUACCCCCUACACCUACAUCAAACCGGAGAUCUUCCUUCAACUUUGAGUGCUUGCGCAGACAGAGCAGUCAAGAUGAGAUAACCCUUUCUCCUUCCUUCCACCAUCGCACUGCCUUGCCACUGCAUCUGAUGCAGCAGCAGGUCAUGGCGGUUGCAGGCCUGGACUCUAGUAAAGCCCAGAAAUACUCACCAAGUCAUUCAACCCGAUCGUGGGCCACCCCACCUGCCACCCCACCCUUCAGGGACCGGACUCCAUACUAUACACCUCUAAUCCAAGUGGAUCGUGCAGACUCCUCUGAGCAGAUGAAUGGAAGCCUGCCUUCUCUGCAUCGGAGCUCCUGGUACACAGAUGAGCCUGAGGUUUCCUAUCGGACAUUCACCCCAUCCAGUUUGACUGUCCCAAAUGACUCUAGACAUAAAUAUAGCGACAAGCAGAGAAGUGCAGACAGUUUAGUAGAAGCAGUACUAAUAUCUGAAGGCUUAGGACGGUACGCCAGGGACCCUAAAUUUGUUUCUGCCACGAAACAUGAAAUAGCUGAUGCUUGUGACAUGACCAUUGAUGAAAUGGAGAGUGCUGCAAGUAAUCUUCUCAAUGGAAACCUGAGCAAUGGGGCCAACGGGGACAUGUUCCCCCUUUUAAACAGACAAGACUACGAACUUCAAGACUUUGGUCCUGGGUAUAGCGACGAAGAGCCUGACCCUGGUAGAUAUGAAGAGGACUUAGCUGAUGAAAUGAUAUGCAUUACGACCUUAUAGUAUUUAGUGGGAGAAGAAUUCUUGUGAUUUUUACUAAUGGGCUAGUUGGGGGAGGCGGGGGUGGGAGCUUAGUAGGAUGAAGUAUAUGAGAUUCUAGGCACUAGUUCAGCAUAAAUAACCAAUCAGACUUUGGUCUGAAUGAUGUCACACCCCAAGGAAGCCACACACUUGUUAAUGAGCAUAUCCUGACUGGUGUAACACAUCAGAGCUGCAGUAAGUCUUCUCUCAGAGCAGCUGGAAUUUGUCCUUGGGAAAAGGCUUACUUCAUCCAAGCAAAUUCUGCCCAGUUUGUUUGUAGAGGAUAAGGGAAGGGUUGAGGACUGUGGCUGUGAAAACAGUCUGUAUGUGCCAGUCAAAAGAGUCUGUAUGUGCCAGUGUAUGUGCGCACACACACACACACACACUCACACACACAGUGGGGGAAGAAUAUCAUCUUCAUCAUGACAGGUGAUGACAAUCCAAAUGAUCAGGCAUUGCUUCAGUCAUCACUCUGGCAUUUCACACAUGCACUGUGCUUGGUUUAUACAUUCUAACAUUUGCUUUUUCCAAGACUUGUAGCCUGAUUUCCAUUUCUUAACACUAUCCUGAAAUAUAGUAUGUCAAACUCUACCAGAGAGGAUUUUAGAAAAGGAAAAGAACCCUAAAAAUCAAACCUUGUUAUGUAACACCAGUUUACAUAGGAAAAUAUCAUUCAGAUAGUCUGUUUUAUGACUGUCACGUUUAAAGGGCAAAUAAACACUGGAAGUAAUUGCAUUCUUACCAAUGCACUUGCAGCCAGGUAAAUUUAGAAUUCGAAAAGAUAGUUUGUUUAAAGAUUAUAUAGUAGAGAUUUACUCUGUACAUGACUUGUAAUAUACUAUAAUUUGUAUUUGUAAAGAGAUGUUCUAUAUUUUGUAAUUAUUGUAACGUAAUUGAACUGCAGCAAUAUUCAUGGAUCUAAUCAUUGUAGUCCACUGAAUUCUAAAUGGAAGUAUUUUUACUUGGAAUAUAUAGAGUUAUAGGGCCAUAUUUAAAUAGCGCCACCUCUUAUUUCUUCAAUGUCAAACUCUUUUGGGGGUAAAAAUUCUAGUUCAAGGAAACUUGACUCUACAGAGAUUUUCUAAAAUAUUUUGAGCUGAUACAAAUCUAUCUUUACACAAGAGACACACAGAUGACUAUUUGCAGUCACGUACUCGGGAAGGCAUUAUAAGACUUGAUGUGGUAUGUUUUUUGAUUGACUGUGGAUUGCAAUGUUUUUAUAAAUAACCCUCCAAUGAUGAACUAAUCCAGAACUGUGACUAUGAAAGUUGGUUGUGCCAGUUUUGACCUUGAAGCAGUUAUUAUUUUGAUUUUUUUAAAACCGACUAUUGGCGAUUUUUGUACAUCUGGUGCAGAAUUGCCCUGAGAGGUGAAAAUGUUUGAUCUACUCCCUGACUAGUUGUGCUGCUUGUGCUGAAAACUAGGGAAAAUAACCCACUACUGAGUCUAAGAAGUCCUGGUUUGUGAAAAUAGUAUUCUGUUGUUUUUCCCCUUUUUGCUAUUUGGUGUGUUCUCUGUAAGGGAUUUAUUUUUAUGCAGUUGAAUGAGAGCUGAAAUACUAAUUAUAAUGCAGUCAAACCCUGAUUGCAGUUGGCGACGGUAAAGAAAUUUGGGAUAAAUCAAAACUGUCGACAGCUUCCUUCUGUUUCGUCAACUCUGGGCAAUAAUAACUUGCUUUGCCAAGUUACUUUAUCAGGGUUUACCUGUGCUCAAAGGAUAGGUAGCAAUUUCAGUUCCAAUUUUUAAUGCUACAUAUAAAACAUGUCAAUAAAUGUUUUUGUACAUAAUUAUACUUUACUAUGGAUACCUUAUGGACCUCUUAUUUAAUCAUUCUUAUUCCAAAUCCAGACUAAAAAAUUAAGGGUUUGUAAAUGACUAUUUCUUGACCUACAUCAUUUUGUAUUAAAAUGCAAAAUGCUCUUUGGAAUAAAACUGUAAUAAUUUGAUUACA